AUGGCGAACGCACUUCUCGAGAUACCACAGCUACAAGACGAUCUCUUUAACGAACGCGUUACAUUCUUCAAAGAGUUUUUAGAGUCUACCUUUUCUGGUAAUUAUCAUAAAGAUGAAUUAUCACGACUAGCAAGAGAUGGUCAACGGCGUCUAGUCGUGAGCAUUGAUGAUUUAUUUGCAUAUAAUCAAGAAAAGACUGGUAGUUUUGGAGAUCAUCAUCAGAAUCCGCGCACGUUGACAGCGGCGUAUCUUGGAAAAUUAGUCUGUAUUGAUGGAAUUGUAACAAAAUGUUCAUUGGUUCGCCCAAAACUUGCUAAAAGUGUUCACUAUUGCGAAAAAACGGGAAUGUUUCAUAGUAAAGAAUAUCGCGACGCUACCAUGACAGGAAAUCAGCAACCGAGCUCUUCUGUAUAUCCAACUGAAGACGAGAAUGGUAAUCCACUCACCACAGAGUUCGGAUACUCUGUUUAUCGUGAUCACCAAACAAUUUCCCUUCAAGAAAUGCCAGAGCGAGCACCUGCUGGAGGGUUACCGAAAUCUUUGGACGUAAUAUUGGAUGAUGAUUUGGUUGAUUCGGUGAAACCUGGUGAUCGUAUUCAGUUGGUGGGAAUUUAUCGGUCAUUGGGAAAUCGAAAUGCAAAUUCAACUUCUUCUACUUUCAGAACUGUUGUUGUUGCAAAUAAUAUUUAUUUACUUUCAAGUAAAGUUGGUGGCGGUAUCGCCAAGGCAAAUAUAACAGAACAGGAUAUUGAAUACAUUGAAAAAAUCAGUAAGAAGAAGGACCUGCUUGAAGUACUUUCGCGAUCCUUAGCCCCUUCAAUAUGUGGCCACGAAUAUAUCAAAAAGGCUAUUCUACUUUUACUUUUGGGCGGCAUGGAAAAAAACUUGCCUAAUGGCACCCAUAUAAGAGGUGAUAUUAAUAUUUUAAUGGUAGGUGAUCCCUCUACCGCCAAAUCACAGCUCUUACGGUUUGUUUUGAAUACUGCACCUCUUGCAAUUGCAACAACUGGUCGUGGAUCUUCUGGUGUGGGUUUAACAGCGGCGAUAACAACCGACAAAGAAACAGGAGAAAGACGUCUGGAAGCCGGUGCAAUGGUCCUUGCAGAUCGUGGCGUUGUCUGUAUUGAUGAAUUCGAUAAAAUGAAUGAGAAUGAUCGCGUGGCAAUACACGAAGUAAUGGAACAGCAAACUGUGACGAUCGCCAAAGCUGGUAUUCAUACUUCAUUGAAUUCUAGAUGUAGUGUUAUUGCGGCUGCAAAUCCAAUAUAUGGUCAAUAUGAUGUACAUAAACAUCCAACACAAAACAUUGCGCUACCGGAUUCGCUUUUGUCCAGAUUUGACUUGUUAUUUGUAGUCACCGAUGAAAUCAGUGAGGCACGAGACCGUAUGCUCUCAGAACACGUAUUGCGAAUGCAUCGUUAUAUGCCACCCAAUCUAACAGCAGGUACACCAAUAAGCGAUAUUCCCAGUCAAAGUUUAUACAUGGGCGAAGAAGAGAAACACCCGAACGCCGAAGAACCAAUUUGGGAACCAUUUAAUGAGCUCUUGCAUGGAAAUGUACAACGAAAGCGAGCCGGAAGAUCUGCUACCAAGCAUGUAAACAUUCUUACAAAUUCUUUUCUGAAAAAAUAUAUUCAACAUGCAAAGGAUACAAAACAACCGAAAUUGGGGAAACCGGCAGCAGAUUUUAUUGUGAACGUUUAUGCAAAUCUUCGGAAUAGCAGCAAUGAUGAUGGACAAGCCAAGACAUCUCCUAUAACAGCUCGUACACUGGAAACACUUAUUCGUCUUGCAACUGCACAUGCUAAAUCCAGAUUGAGUGAUGAAGUUGAGGAAGAAGAUGCAAAAGUUGCCGAAGAAAUUGUCCGAUUUGCUUUAUUCAAAGAGUCAAACGAAAACUCAAGGAAUAAGCGAAAAGAAAAAAGCAAAUCAUCUACACCACCGCGUUUAACACGUCGCACAAGCACGAUAAACAGUAACAAUAGUAUUAGUCGCCAGCAAUCUGCAUUGGCCGAUUCAAUGAUGGAAGAUCUUGUAUUGGAGGAUCCCAUCACGGUUUCACAAGAUCCAGGAGAAGGAUCUUCGACGGCUGCAUCUGGCAUUCCUACAUCCCGAUUAAAUUUAUUCAAAAAUAAAUUGAGUGAUGUGAUGAACUCUACGAUUUUCGAUGGUCAAAUGAUCCUUGAAACUCUGUUGCCAGAAGUAAAUAAAUUACUCGAUGCAGAUGAACAAUUCAAUGAAGAAGAAACUGAUCGCAUAUUAUUAGCAAUGAAUGAUAAGAAUCUGAUAAUGUACUCAGGAGGGAUUAUUUAUCAG